AUGCUAUCUCCCUCCAUCUCGCCCUUGCUUGCCGCCUUGCCCCUGGCGCACGCGUUGCAGAUACCGCUCAGGGCCCACGAACGCACUCCAAGCACUUGUCCGGAUUACACAAAAUAUUCCCAGAAACCCCAUGAGCCGCUUUCCUCCGGUCCGCUGGCCCUGCCCUUUAUGCGGCCGGCGCCCGAGUGUCGGACGUUUACCAGUCCUGCCGUCGAGCGAGUCAUUGGGGACAUGAAGCAACGAAUUCGCGACCCCGACCUCGCCCGCCUGUUCGAAAACACCUUUCCUUCGACGCUCGACACGACCGUCAAGUACUUUGACCCCACCGCCAACUUGGCCUUUAUCGUCACGGGUUGGAUCCGCGACACGGGAAACCAGUUUGCCCACCUCGUCAACCUGUUGCCGCAGGACGAAAAUCUCCAGGCACUCGUCAAGGCCGUCAUCAACACCGAGGCGAGAUAUCUGUCACAAUUUCCCUACUGCGGGGCCUUUCAGCCGCCGCCAGAAAGCGGACUUGCGCCUUCGUUCAACGACUGGGCCGCCGGAGUCACCGUAAAUCCUCCCGUCGAUGACAAGCUCGUGUUCGAGUGCAAGUAUGAACUCGACUCGUUGGCGAGCUUUCUCAAGCUUUCGAGGUCGUACUAUGACAGCACCGAGGAUGCAUCCUUCAUCAACGACAAUUGGCUCGCCGCCGUGAAGCAAACGCUCCGCGUUAUUGUAGAGCAGUCUCAGAGCUCCGAGGUCGAAGGAGAGUCCGUAAGCUACUAUAAUUGGACGGGAUCGCUGGGAUCGCUGGCACCCCGUAUUCCGAACAAGGGCAACGGAAAACCCGUCAAGGCGAAUGGGCUCGUCGCCUCUCACCAUAGGCCCUCGGAUGACCCAUGCUUCUACAAAUUCAUCACGUCCGUCAACGCCAUGAUGGCCGUGGAACUCGAUCACAUUGCACGCAUUCUCGAGCAGGAAGCAAAACAUCUCGACCACCUAUCGCGGGAAGCUCGCCGGUACUCGACCCUCAUUCGAGAUGCCAUCUGGGACCACACAAUGGUGGAGGGAGACAUAUUCGCCUACGAGACCGAUGGCUUCGGCAACCAGUACAUCAUAGACGACGCCAAUGUGCCUAGCCUCCUCUCCCUGCCAUAUCUCGGCUUCCUUGAUCGAAACGACCCGACGUACAAGAGGACGAAAGCAAAGAUGUGGUCGAACGAGAACCCGUUUUACGCCGAAGGGAAGCAAUUUAGCGGAGUUGGGGGCCCGCACGUCAGUCCGGACAGUCCAUGGCCCAUGUCGCACAUCUCUGCCAUCUUUGGUACGGACGACGACGACGAGAUCAAGGAGCGGCUCGCCAUGAUACUGGAAAAUACCUCGGGCUUGGGGCUCAUUCACGAAAGCCUCUCCGUCCACAGCUCAAGCGCCUACACCCGACCCUGGUUCGCCUGGGCAAACAGCUACUUUGCCGAGAUGAUUCUCGACCUAGCCGAAAGGAAGCCUCAACUCAUCUUCGACGACGAUACCCCUUAUAGCAUCAACCAGGACGGCACCCGCAUCGACGACGUGAUUGAAAUGUAG